UUAUUUAACGUAUAAGGUAUUUAAUUAUGUUCAAAUUUAUAUAAAAAUCUAGUAUUAUCUCUAUAUAUUUCGAGUAAAAAUAUCAAAUUUUUAUUAGUGCAAUAUUUUAAAUCUUGUUUAUGCAGACAAAAUUAUGACUAAAUUGAAAUUAACAUUAACCCAAAUCUCAUUUUUGUCAAUUUUCGGUUUAUGCAUUAAAUGAAGGAUAAUAAUAAAUUAUUGAUAAAGUAUCGAAAUUCCCUGUAUGGGUCCCUUUUGUUAUACAAAUGUGGAAAGCUCCUGCUUUCAGACAUUGCCUUAUUUUUAUAUUAGCUUUAAAAAUAAAACACCGCGGCGGAAAUCAGCGCAAUAACAUGAAUAUUUCCAUAACCAAAGAACAAGGGUGUUGUAAACAAAACAAUACCACCAAUAGAGACUGAUGUAACAUAUACUGUCCACAUAACCUCACAAAAUUAAGAAGUUAAAAGUUUACGAACUCUUAGUUUGAUUUUAAUUUAAAUUUACUGUUAAAUUUGCAUGAACUACAAGUACCAUUUCACUAAUUUAAAUUGAUAAAACUGAGUCGGUAAUGCACCUUCGUUAAUGUAAUGUUUUCUCUGUGAUAUUUAGGUUAGUAAUGUCGAUUGUUUAUUUAUAAACAAAACAAUAUGACGAAAUUAGGAACAACAGUUCAUUGAUUAGAUUAAAUCUAAAAUUACAUAACUUCUUACUGUUCAUCUGUUAAUUUCUUAUAAACCACUGUACAUUGUUUUCAAAUUAAAGUUAGAUAUUUUUUCAUUGUUUUAAUUGGGAAACUGCGUAGAUAAACGAUUCGAGAAAAGUCUCGAGUAUUUUUACAAAAUUCAUGAACAAACUGUUUUCUAUAUAUAAUUACUUGGAUUUUGAUCAAUUGCCAACUUUGCUCCCAGUAGUAUAUAAAACGCCGUUACCACAAAUUGGUUAUUUAUAGUGAAAAAUAGGAUCAAGUAAUAAGAUUAUUCAAAAUAAAUUGAAAGUAAAAAAAUAAUGAGCGAAACUGAUUUAUUUAAUAUUCGCAGUAAUGAAAAAAUUGGGAGGUAUGCUGUUGCGAAACGAGAUUUAAAAGCAGGAGAUGUAAUAUUUACUGAAAAACCUUUCGCUUAUGGACCCAAAGCAGAUAGUCCCUGUAUCUGUUUGGGCUGUUACACACCCACUGACGGAACGAAUUUGUGCUCGAAAUGCUUUUGGCCCGUAUGUUCGACCGAAUGUGAAAAUAAAAAUGCUCACAAAGAUUUCGAAUGUGAAGUGUUUACAAAAGCGGGAGUGAAAUUCCAAGCGGUCAGCGAUCCGUCCGAAACGUGUUUGCAGUAUGAAUGUAUAACACCUCUAAGAGUUCUGUUGGCAAAAGAAAAAGAUCCCGAGCGAUGGGAAGAAGAGAUCCAGCAUAUGGAAGCCCAUCCAGAAAUUCGGAAACAACAACCUACUUGGGAAUUCAACCAGCACAAUAUAGUCGAAUAUUUACGUUCGCUUUGUAAAUUGAGCAGAUUUUCUGAGGAUUUGAUACAUCAAGUGUGCGGGAUUUUAGAUAUCAAUGCAUUUGAGGCAAGAACACCCGAAGGGUACUCUAUAAGAUGUUUGUACCCUAAAAUGGCCAUAAUGUCUCAUAAUUGUAUAUCAAAUAUCCACCACGCUAUUGAUUGUAGAGCCACCGGAGAUUCUGAUGAUUUUAUAGCGACCGUAAGGGCGGCAGUAGACGUACCUGCAGAAGGAGAACUGCACAGUAGUUACACGUACUCUUUAUGGCCGACAUUGCUGCGUAGAGAAUUUUUAAAAGAAAGUAAAUUUUUCGAUUGUACAUGCCAAAGAUGUUCGGAUAAAACCGAAUUGGAAACGCACUCCAGUUCACUCAAAUGUCAGAAAUGCGAUAAUGGUAUCAUUAUGUCGAAUAAUCCGUUAGAUAAUCAGUGCGGAUGGAGUUGCACACAUUGCGAUUUUAAAACAAAUGCAGUGGCUGUUCGUAAAAUUUUUUCAAUUAUACAAGCAGAUUUGGAUAAUGUCGAAUACCUGUUCGGACCUGAAGGUAUACAAGAAAGAGAAACGUUAUAUAAGAAAUAUAAAUCGGUGUUACAUCCAAAAAACGCUUAUAUGACUAUCCUGAGAAGCGGAUUAAUCCAGUUGUAUGGAAAAGCAGAGGGGUACACAUUAGAAGAUUUGCCCGAUGUAAUUUUAGAAAGAAAAGUUGAACUCUGUUAUCAAUUACUAGAAGUUCUCGAUAUUAUAGAACCAGGAAAUUCUCGAAUAAGAGGUAUUACAUUGUACGAGUUACACGGUCCACUCAUGGUUUUAGCUAGACAUCGAUAUCAAAACGACGUGAUCACCAAAGAAAAAUUCAAACAAGAAUUGAGGAAAACCGUGGAUUUAUUGGGAGAAUCAGUUCGGAUUUUGAAGCAGGAACCUGCCAGUUUACCCGAAGGACAACUUGCAGUUGUGGCCGCACAAGGAUAUCAACAGUUGAAUGAAAACUUCGAUAUUUUGGUAGAAACUGCUUAAUUGGUAAUAUUUUAUGAUAUCUUUUGAAUUAUAGAACUUCUGGUAACA